CGAUUUGAGUGCUCAAUUUGAACGUUAUCAUCAACACCAAGAUCUACACAGUAGACACCUUCCAGCGACCUCUCCUCUCGCAAAGCUAGUCCUCGAGCGCCCACCUUUAUCUAGGUACCUCUAACUAAGCGUUACCAUAAUCUUGCGAAACCGAUAGACCCGAUUCAACUGCAUGGUCACACUCUCUAGCAUGGCCGCACUUGAAGCACACUCGAGAUAACACUUUGUUCCCAUUGCCACUGCACGCAACGCAGAAGCAAUGAUAUUCCGCGCCGGCCUCUGCUUAUCAGUUGGCAGGCAACACAGUAGCAACAGCAGGACGACAUCAUUAUUCCGACCCAAGAAUGGAGACAGCAAUCGAGGCCGAGCCGGUACCUCCCCAGACUUCUCCUAGUCCAGAUGGUCAGACAGAGAAUGCAGACACGUCCAUACCGAGCGUGUCAAAAGGAAAGAAUAAAAACAAGGAGCAAGAGAACAAUGCUUCCACGAAAAGGCGAUGUGUAAGCACGGCCUGUAUCGCAUGUCGCAAGCGCAAAUCGAAGUGCGACGGAAUGCUACCGAAAUGCGCCGCAUGCGCAUCAGUUUAUUUGACGGAAUGCGAAUAUGCACCGCAUACAGACCAUCGUCGCAAAGGCGUAUACAAGAAAGACGUUGACGCUUCCAAGGCAAAAUUUGCUACCCUCCAAACAUUGUUCCAGGCUCUUCUAAAUGCCGAGGAGGAAGAUGUCAUGGAUCUAGUUACCCAGAUCCGCACUUGUGACAGUCUUGAAGAAUUGGCCGCCAGCAUAGAAACGCGGGAGAAGGGUCUGGCUGAGGGACCCGCCGAGUCAGGCCACAACGACGAUGAUAAGGAUGUGCCACAGUUCGAGGCCGAGCUAUCAGGUAAGAUGGGAGACUUGAUGUUGGAUGGGUCGGUCAAAUUCAUCGGUGGUACCUCCAACUUGAUCUGGCUCCCCCAGGACUACGAACAUAAAGGUUCCGCUCCGUCACCUUCUCAAGAUCUCGCGCUCCGACCAAAAGAGGAAGCGAUACUGUCAUGGACAAAGGUAACUCAGAACAAGGAUGAUAUCCUGCACUUUAUGAACAUGUACUUUUGCUGGCAUUAUGCAUUUUUUACGACACUGGCCAAGGAACUAUUCUACAGGGAUUUCUUGACUGGAACGUCGUCUCAAUAUUGUUCUCCUCUCCUGGUCAACAUUAUGCUUGCUCUUGGAUGCCAUUUUUCUUGUCGACCAGCUGCUCGCAAGGAUCCUGACGAUUCGGGGACGACCGGUGAUCAUUUCUUCGCGGAAGCCAAGAGAUUACUAUACGAGGAUGAUGAAUUUGCCAACGCCAAACUGUGCACGGUCCAAGCUCUCGCCUUGAUGUCCGUCAGAGAAGCUGGAUGUGGCCACGAAAGCAAGGGCUGGGUAUAUAGUGGCAUGAGUUUUCGAAUGGCAUGUGACUUGGGCCUGAACGUUGACGCACAACCGAUCAACGAAUUGUCUCGACUAACAGACGAGGGCAUUGAUGCAAGAAGGAUCACAUUUUGGGGAUGCUUCCUCUUUGACAAAUGUUGGUCAAAUUACCUUGGCCGGCAACCGCAGCUACUUUUGAACAACAUCACGGUCAAAAAGCCGGAUGUCUUUCCUUCAGAAGAUAGCGAGGUGUGGUCACCUUAUACCGACUCUGGCAUCAUUCAAGCGCAUGCUCAACCAGCGCGGACAAGGGCUGUUGCUCUACAGCUAUCCAAACUCGCCGAAAUCUCCAGUGAUCUAUUGACGUCUUUCUACAAUCCUGAACAAUUACAGAAGCCUCAUUCAAAACAAAUCGAACUGAAAAGACUCACCGAUCUCCAUACCCGAUUAGAAGCCUGGAAGCAAAACUUGCCAUCAGAAAUGGAACCUCGUGAAGGUCAACUGCCCCAGGUCCUUCUAAUGCACAUGUUCUUUCAGCUAUUAUACAUACACCUCUAUCGCCCAUUCCUCAAAUAUACACGGCCAACAUCUCCCCUACCUGCUCACGUAUCUCCUCGGAAAUACUGUACCCAAGCUGCUGGUUCCAUCUCGAAGCUGUUUCGCUUAUACAAGCGUACACACGGUCUCCGCCAGAUCUGCAACAUAGCAAUCUAUAUUGUGCAUUCGGCCUGUACAAUUCACUUGCUAAAUUUGCCCGAUAAGAAUGCCCGGCGCGAUAUCAUACAUGGCACAAAACACCUCGAAGAGAUGGGUGAAUGUUGGACCGCUGCCCGCCGAACUUUGCGUGUGCUCCGCUUGUGUGCAGACCGGUGGACCAUCGACAUGCCGGAGGAGAUUGAUAUCGUCUUUCGCCGAGUCAAAGUAAAAUGGGGUCUGGCCGAAGGAUCAUCUCCAAUCUCGCCGCAGACCAUGGGCCACUUAACGAAACAGAUGACGAGUCAACCUGUGUCAGAUAUCAUGGCACAAAAUAUUGCUCAGGAGCAGCAAAAUUCUAUGGACAUCAACCCGCAGAUGCAAGGAGGCCUCUCGGCACCUACAGCCCCAACCCCGGCGGAGCAGAUUGAUACAAGAAGAUCGACAGGGAAUUUGUCCAUGCCUCCUGCAAACGCGGCGGAACUAGGGCGCGAUCCACAACGUAUCAGAGCAUCGACGCAUCUCACCAAAGCACAACAAGAAGCGUGGAAUACGCACCAAGCCAGACUUGCCAACACGGCGGCCCUGGCGGGGGUGGGCACAAGUAGCAACCACGGCUCCUCAGGACAGAAUGCUGCCAAGUUGUUUGGUGGGGUUGACAGUCUGAUUGAAGAUGCGCAAGAUUGGUUCUUCCGAGAUCAGAACCAACUUGCAAUGGGAUUUGAGAACUGGGGAGAACCGAAUGGAGGCGAUUGGGGCACGUUGGAUCUGAGCUUCUUCGAUGCCGAUGGCGCAGGUGCGGCCGGGGCUGGUGCAGGAGCCAUCACAGGCACCGCCAGUCGGAUAGGUACCGGGACAAGUGGAAGCAGUCCGGCAUACGAGUAUACAGGUCAGUAUUAUGAUCCUGGGAAUGGGGUCGGAAUAGGUGGAGGUGGAGGUGGAGGGAUGGUCGGCGAUGCACUUGGCUUCCCUUCGGACUAUGACUAUACGACUACCAGCACUGGUGGAUACCCUAACCCUGGUGCAGGGUUUGGUGGAACGGAUAUGAAUGCCAUGAAUGGGAGUAGUGGCGUAACGAAGAUGAGCAUGUCCGGAAUGGGGCCAAACAUGAGUGGUGAUGGUGGCGGUGUCGGUGGCCCCGGUAUACGUCUAUCGGCCCCAACAGGCGGUGCGAAUGGGAUGGGGAAUAUGAAGCGAAGUCGAGGGUCAGGCCAGGGACAGGGUCUGAACAUGACAGAUUUCAAUGACGAGAUGUACUAUUAAUGAUGACUUAUGGAUAUGAUAUGAUUUUGGGGGGAACAAGUCAAGAUCGUUUCUCCUUUACGAGUACUCGGGAAGUGGCCUGGAGUAUGAAGUACUCGUGAUGAGUAUUCUAUCUCCGAGGGAAUAGAUGGACGACUUUGGGGCUUGUCAACAAC